AGCUGGAACCGUUUCCCAGAACACAUGGGAGAGAAAAAUGCUUCAGGGGUCCCAGAUAACUCGUAUAUUUUCGGAGGCAUUGGAGGGAGCACGAAUUGGGGCGUUUUUCCUUAGUGAACUUCUAAAUCUUGAAGUCUGAGCGGAAAAUAAAAAGCACACUCCGCCAAAUUUCCGGAGGACGGAGAUUGCAACGAACAACCAGGAAGCGACUGGGCUGGGAGCUGUCCCCGGUUCUCCGCUCUGCGCUCGAGGGUGCCUCCCGGGGUCCCCAAGACGCUGCCCCACGCCCGCUCGCGCGGUCCUUGCCUCGACCCAGGCUCUGACCCCGGCCAGUCACUCCGGAGCAGCCAUGUCGUCUGACUUCGAAGGCUAUGAGCAGGACUUCGCAGUGCUCACUGCUGAGAUCACCAGCAAGAUCGCCAGGGUCCCCCGACUCCCGCCUGAUGAGAAGAAACAGAUGGUUGCAAAUGUGGAGAAACAGCUUGAUGAAGCAAAAGAAUUGCUUGAACAGAUGGAUUUGGAAGUCCGAGAGAUACUACCCCAAAGUCGAGGAAUGUACAGUAACAGAAUGAGGAGCUACAAGCAAGAAAUGGGAAAACUGGAAACAGAUUUUAAAAGGUCACGGAUCGCCUACAGUGACGAAGUGCGGAAUGAGCUCCUAGGGGAUGAUGGGAAUUCCUCAGAGAACCAGUUGAUAAAAUUACGUGAAGAGAGGGCACAUCUGCUCGAUAACACAGAGAGGCUGGAAAGGUCAUCUCGGAGACUAGAGGCUGGAUACCAAAUAGCAGUGGAAACCGAGCAAAUUGGUCAGGAGAUGUUGGAAAACCUCAGUCACGACAGAGAAAAGAUACAGCGAGCACGUGAAAGACUUCGGGAAACAGAUGCCAACUUGGGGAAAAGCUCCAGGAUUCUGACGGGGAUGUUGCGAAGAAUCAUCCAAAACCGCAUCCUUCUUGUCAUCCUCGGGAUCAUCGUGGUCAUCACCAUCCUGACGGCGAUCACUUUUUCUCUCAGAAGACACUGAUGUAUCUGCUCUCCCUAGAUAAACAGCAACAACGGCUUGUUCUGAGUAAUUAAGACAAAAUGGUCACAUGAAUCAUUCUUUCACGCUGACAGGCCCCGGGUGACCCUCUCUCUCCCUCGCCACUGUUCAGCUGAAGUGCAAAGAGUGUAAAAAUAUUUUCCAUUUCUGUUUGCAUGUGGGUUGGUUUCCUUCUCUAGGUUUGUCUUCACCCAGAUUUGUUUUGUUUUGUUUUUAAUAAGGGAAGGCAAAUGUUUAUUUGCCUUUUGGUAAUUUUCAUCAAUUGACCAAAAUAGCCUUGGUGACAUUUUUCCUUGCCCUGUGGACAUGUCAGGGGUCAUGGUUUGGGAGAGGGUGUGAUGAGUCAGUCACAGGAGCAGCUGUUUGUCACAUGUCACUUGUCACCAAAAAGCCCUUCUGUGAUGUCCGAGGAUAAAAAUGCAGAGAAAAGCAGAGGCCAGAGCCAGUGACCUACCCCAGCAAACCAGCCCUAUUCCUACCCACGAACAAUGAAUAAGUCAACCUGCCUGAGUGCUUUCCCUGUAAAGGCGGGUAUUUAAUGUCAGUUUUAUGGGAAAUUGACUUAGCACUUUCCCUGUGUUUCCAUUGCAUCAUUUUUUUUCUAACCUGAGGAUAUUUCUGCCAAGCCUGCCCAAUAUUCACUUUUCACAACUUUGAUUGCUCGCUGCAAGAAGUAUUUCCUGGCCUUCCCAAAAUCCUGUAGUCCCCAGAAUUUCCUGGUACAGUACUUAAUUAUGACCUCGUCUCCCCUGACCUGUGUAAGCAUCUCUGUUGCCUUUCGGUUUUAAUAUUUGCACUGCCAAAAGCAGCCCUCAUACAUGCAAAAGGUCUGACAAGGUUCUCCCCACAUCCAUUCCAGUAUGUAAAGAGAACAUGAAUAUUUCAGUAAGAGCAAGAACAUGAUUCCAUCAGUGUGAAAUUUCAAAUGCGAUUAUAAAUAUGGGCAAGUCUAUAGGCUGAUUCACUAGAAAUAAGCAUUCACUAACCUCCUUUAAAAGAAUAAGGGAUUGCAAAUUGCCACGAAAGGAAUGGCUUGGGUUUUUUCACUAACAAAGGUUAGCAAAAUCUUCUUAAAUUGACUGUGUCUUCAAACAUGCUUUUUUUUUUUUUUUUUAAUUUCUUUCUGUGUAAGGUAACCAGGAAUUGUGUUCAGAAUGAGUUCGUCUGUGAUCAGGCUUAAAAGUUACCCAGGCCGAGGCCAUUUUAUCCCUAGUUACAAAGCAAAUUGUCUUUAUCUUAAGACCUCAUAGGCACUUACUGGUCUGUACCAUCUUUUGAAUAUAAUUAGAAGUUUUGAAUCUUUGAAAAGCAUCUCUGUUCUGUUCAUCAAAAAUGCUAACCAUCUGUACCUGUGGACCAAGAUUACCUGGAUACCAGACUUGAUAUUUUUCCCAACUCGAAGAAACCAUUAUGGCUUCGGAAAGAAAUGCAGGAUGGCAAAACCCACCAGAGAAAUUGUACUUACCGAAACAGGCCAGGGCCUGCAUGUGUUCAGAUAAAUCAUUUAGUAUUGUGUAAAUAAAGCCGCAGUCUUUACUUCGGAGGGACGGUGUGGGAUUUUUGGCCGAGCAAAGUAGGACAGUGAAGGAGCGAGAAGCUAUGCUAAUUUUCCUGUCAGCUUAAGGGAUCCAUCUCAGCAAAAAUCUUGUAUUCUGAUAACGGAAUUCUGUGCGUGCUAAACACAUCUAAGAAACCAUUAAAAAGCAAGGAAACAAACAACCCCCUUUUUAUUCUGACACACUCAGAGUCGUGAAGUAUCACAUCAGCCCCUCUGGUGGCUUCCCUGGAAACUAACGUGUGGGAGCAGCUACCAAGCCACAUUCCCGCAUCCUCGUCAGCAGGCUCUGCCCAGGGCCACUUAGCAAGCAAAGUUGAUCUGAGAGUCUACACUUGCUAGUCCUAAAUAUUUCACUAAAACCAGGCGUUGCUGUUGAAGUAGGUGAACUGAGGAAGAAGGACUACAUUGCUCACCUCUCAAUCGCUUUUUCUUUCAAGGUCUAUGUCUUUAUCAGCUCUUGCCUAUGAUUUCACCCCAACUCAACCUUGGGAGUGGGAAGAACCUGAGCAGAUAACCCUCUGCCUGACAACUCUAUCAAACCACCUCGAGAACAACACCCCAAGCCAGGGGAGUGAGCAAUUUUUGAGGAAGCUGCUCUGAACGUCCCCAACUCCUUCCUGGCACUCCCAGAUGCUGCAAAAAAAGACUCAGAGGAGCCCUAAGGCAGGACAGUUGUCCUCUCUCCUUCCCUGCUCCACGGGGGAAGGAAGUCCACAAAUUCUCAGGAGGUUGUGAAGCAGAUCUGUGAGAGGUUCUAGGUCCGUGAUAUGGAGACUUCAAUGGAUGAGUAUUUCUAAGGUUGGGAGCCCUUGUUAAAGAUGGUGUUGUUGGGUAGGGGGAGAUGGAGGCAAAGACAUGGAGGAGGAAGAGAAGGGUGCCCUUGCCAUAUAAAAUUCAUGCAGACUAAACACUUUCCCUGACAGAAUAAAUAAAGUGAUGCUACCCUGCUCCAGAAUCAAAAGCAAUUUAAUUAAAGUCUCUUAAGUUGUAAAGAGUUUUAAAUGUUCCGUGUUGAAGGCAAAUGCCUGCAAAAGGCAGUGGGCUUGACGUCAGCUGCCAGCCCUGGACUGGGAGGCCAUUUGCUAUUCUGUUUAAGGCAGGCUGGAUUGUCUUAUUUUGGAACCAGCUUGGUGGGGGGUUUGCUUUGCUACUGCUUCUGAGCCCUGAGCUUCAAAGGCUGAAAUUAAUGGUGAACAAAAUUGUGCGGCUCUGGCCAUCCCAUGCGGGGCAAGCCCAUUGAGGGCUAUCAUUAAGUGAAGAAAUAAAGAGGGGAAAAAAGCCUGCCUGUUCCAAAAACCUCAUCAGAUAAUGACCUCAGUGAUUGGGGUUUUCAUUACCAAACAGCAUCCAGAGAUUAUCAACCCAUAGAAGAAGGGAGGGGGGAAAAAAAAGAAAGAAAGGAAAAAGCAACUGUCUUUCUUUCCCUCUCUUUCUCCUUUUUUUUUUUUAUUUUUUGCACAUCUUUUCUUUAAAACUGUCAGAUCAUUUCAGUAUUUCAAAUCCGAGGAAAACAGCCUGCCCGCUGCUGUAUUUGAAGUUGUAAUGGUGUCAAAAAGUCACGACUGACUGACAGCCGUCAGUCCCAGAGGGGCUCAUUAAAUCAUAAAAACUUGACAAGGAAAUAAUUGCGCAUCGCCAGCAACUUGGCGCCUGUUUAGACGUUUUUAUUUUCUUUCAUUAUUAGUCCCCACCAUUACGUUCAUUAACAAAUUGCAUUAAACAACUGUUAAGGGCUAA